GGCCGCGGGCGGUGGGCGGCCAUCGCAACGAUUGAUGCAUUUCACAGAUUGUUGUCAGCUUCAUCUAUCUACUUUGGUCAUGCAUCUAGCGAGUGACAGUCCAGUUUCCUCAAACUAAAGCGUCAUGAGGGGGUGGAUACCAUGGAGUUUGAGUGGACCAGCAGGAAGCAAGUAUUAAGUAGUUAUAAUCUCAUCAUGGUGAUUGCUAAGAAGCCGUUCGUGGACGACGAAUCUCUCUGCGUUGUUCCUACCCGGACCCAAAGGGGAAAGCCCGUCAAAGCCAUAUGGACCAAUGCUAUAAUUGCCCUUUGUGCCUUUGUUUGCGGUCUUGUGGUUAACGCUCGCUUCAAUCCUUCCUUGAGGAGUGUGCACGGCGUUUCCUUGGACAGGGAACAUGUUGACAUGGGCCUGGCUGUGGAGGUGCUGCCAUUCGAUGUGCACGACGAGAACGAAAGGCAUUUGAGCGAGAUUCUAGGACAAACCAAUUGUUCCAUCCCCGAGGAAGCCGAAGAAGACGACGAUGACGCUGAUGUGGAGGCCUCGGAAGUUGACGAGGUGAACUGGUUUGAAGAUCUUGAUACCAUCGUGGAGGAGGACGAGCUUGACGCCGAUGAAGAAAACGAAGGCUUGCUUGAUCACAACGAAACUUUGGAAGAGAGCGAAACUGAUCUUGAAGGGCUGGACUACAAUCUCACAGUAGACGCGACGAGUCGUCGCCUGGACGGGAACACUCCAAAGAUUGAAUCUCUUGCCUGCAAUGCCGACCUCGAGAACAAGCCGUGUACCCCCUUGUCUAAUAGCUUGUCUGCUGAUGGGAUUAUUCCUUGUGGCACCUGCUACGAAGUGGACGCGACAGGUGGGGAAGUUCUGGACUUUCCAAACGGUCUUGUCGUCAAGGGAAAGCUCUUCUUCCCAAGUUCAUCCAACGUGACGAUUCGCUCGAAGUUCAUCUUUGUCCGAGGAAUCUUGAAGAUAGUCCCUCCUUCCUCGGGAAACCAAAUCAAGUUCUCCCUCUACCAAGAAGAACAGGUUUCCUUUGUCAACGAAGACUCGACUGGUGUUUGUGGCAGCGGGAAUGGUUGCAGCCUGGGCUCCAAGGUUAUCGCCGUUGUUGGAGGUCAACUUGACAUUCAGGGAUACGAUCCCGCUUGUCCCACAUGGGAGAAACUCCGAGCCGUUGGUCAGCCAUUCCCUCAAGCUUUUGUACAACCCACUGACGAAGCAGGAACUCCAAUGGAUUUGGAGAUUGCUGGGGUUUGCCACGAAUCUCCUGGUCACACGAACGCCCUGGGAAAAUACACAGUUUGGUGCCCCAUCACCAAAACCGUUACUGUGAGGCAUGGAACAUCCAAGGCCCUUGUUCUUACGAGUGGAGAACCGCGUGAUCCCAAGCCUUUUGUUGCCCCCAAGAACAAUGGCCAAGAGAUGUCCCUAAAGCUGGAGCAAGGGUGCCGUGUGAGCUGGGAUCACACGAGGUGGGCCAAGAAGUGCAUGAUCUACUGCCCCGUGGAGAAAACUGCCACCAUCCGCUACGGCGCCAAGAUGCCUUUAAAGUUCACUAGUGUCAAGCCUCCACCGAGAAACUUUGCCCCCCCGAAGCAAGGCUCGCAAGAACUGGCUCUGAAGAUUCGUCAACGUUGCCACGAAUCCAGGGGCCACACAAAUGCCUUGAAGAAGUAUACAGUGCGUUGUCCGCUGGAGAGGACUGCAACAGUCCGGUACGGAACCGGAAUGAGCCUCAAGAUCACCAAUCCGGUGACUGGAGACUCCUUCACGGCGAUGGGUGGUGUGCACCACUGGGCAUGGGGUGGUCGAAACAUGUACUUCUUCCCUGAUAUCACGGACGAGGAAGUGAGCACCUUGUUCCCCCCUGGAUCAACCAUGCAAGUGGAAUACAUCUACAAGCCUGGCGGCCAAGUAAUGAACGUCAGAGCAGUUCACCAUUGGGCUUGGGCAGGCCGCUACACAUUUUUCUAUCCUGAUGGAUACACUACAGACGAUUGUGGACAAGCCGCUCUUGACUUCAACGACGCAUUCCCCGUUGGGUACGGAAUCGACGUUUCAUUCCGUAAAGCUGUCCCUGUACCAGCUGGACAACAGAUUACAGCCACCAACGGUGUUCAUCAUUGGGCUUGGCACGGAGACAAGCUCUUCUUCCAUCCCGAUGUCUCCGUGGGCGAAGUGAAUCGACUCUUUCCUCCUGGCUACGUCAUGCAAGUGUCCUACUCCGAUCAUACACAUGUGAAUGAACUCAAGUUGUCGCCAGAGGCCGCUUCAUGUUGGGGCCCUGGUACGGAGUUGGUCCUUACCUCUCAUACACGUCGUCCCGAGGACAGGCAAACGGCUGUCGUAACUAGCGUCGAUACGACCACAGGAACCGUGACACUAAACAACGCAAUUGAAACGCCCAUUUCGAUGGAAGAUCACCCAGACUUUGCUGUUGAAAUUGCUUCCCUGAAUCGACCAGUGGUGUUCGAGGCCGAGAGUGACACAGACAACUCACUGAUUGGAGGACAUCUCAUUGUUUUCAAAACUGAAACGAAGCAACAUAUUGAGGGAGUUCACAUCCGGAACUUUGGCCAGCAAGGCAAACUGGGUCGCUACCCAAUCCAUUUCCACAUGUGUGGUACAACGUCAAACUCUGUCGUUAAGAGAAACAUUGUAUACGAAUCCAACCAGCGAGGUUACGUUCUCCAUUGCUCGGAUAAUGUGUUGGUGGAAGAAAAUAUUGCCUUCAAAGUUCCCGGCCACUGUUACUUUCUUGAAGCAGGUACAGAAACUGGCGCCAACUUCACAAGGAACCUUGGUAUUGGUGUUACCAACAUGCCAGCAGGUGGCGUGGCCCAACUCUCCGCUCAAAGCGGAAGGCAGGAAUCAGAUGAUGCAACCAGCGUGUUUUGGAUCUCCAACCCAAACAACUAUUUCGUUGGGAAUGUUGCAGCGGGCUCUGAAAGACAUGGAUACUGGUUUGAGACUCGCACAUGGGCCAAUCGAAAAGCGAGCGUCGGCGCUUUCGUUGAUAACGAAGCACAUAGCUGCAGACACUUUGCUUUUACCACCUAUCCGCCAGGUUGGAGACCGGAUGCGAUCAACUUUAUAACCAACAUCAAAAUUUAUCGCAAUAGCGGAUGGGGGGCAUUUCUCCACGUCACCAAGAACCUCGUCUUUGAAGGUGGCAUCUUUGCUGACAACGGAAACCGAGCUAUCAUGAUGAAUCGAGGAGAUGACGUUGUCUUCGAGGGAACUGUUUUCAUUGGGCAAAGCCCUUGGGCUGAAAAGAAGAGUUCAAACUGUCGGGAAGGUCCUAUUGGGAUUGCCCUGAAUCCAGCUCGUCUUGGAGACUUGGACUACUCAGGGACUAUCAGGGGAACAUCCUUGAUUGGCGCCAAGUUCUACAACUGGACGGAGGAAGCUACCGGUUGUCCGAGGUCAAGACCAGUGCAAUUCCGAACUGAACAAGUUUUUACGAAGGCCUUCAAUGCUCCGCAUACCUUCAAAAACGUCUUCAUAGACGACAACGCUCACAGCAGCAAGUUAGAUGCUUGCAAGAUGGAAAAUGAGCUGGGUAUUGAGGACUCGAUCAUCAGAAUUGUGGAUGACGUAAACAAUACCUUCAGUCCAGAAGGGGUUCCUGGGUUUCUGGCUAGUGCCAAAGUUACGACCAUGCUCCCGGAUGGAUCGUGUUCUUACUACAACGAAUGUCUUCUAUUCUGCCCGAACACAUGCCUUCGUACUGUAAGCGUCCUAACAAAUGCGGCGCAACCUUCCGGAACCAGAAUGCUUAUCACGGACACUUCCAGCCUGAAAACUAUCGAAGUUCAAGGUUCUACCCGCAGUGGCCAAACUCAGAUUUCUUGGAUGCAUGCCACCUUCACGGCUGCGCUUCCACAAGGAUCCUUUGAGAUAUCCUUCGUUGACGCAAACAACCAGCUCGUCUGGCCAAGCUAUGCUAUCCCUGUUUUGGAAGCAGCCCCGAUGUGCUCGCAUAUCACAAUCAAUGACUUGACCUUCGUCAAGCCACCUCCUUCUUGCGAUGAGCUUGUUCAGAACGGAGAUUUUGCCUCCGGCAUCCAGUGGUGGCAGGGUCACAAGACCAAUAAUAUUUUUGAUCCCUCGAGGGGUGUGGAUUCUUCCGGUGCCCUGCUGACUACAGGAGACUCCGGUUCCGGUGUAUCGCAGUGGCUCAACGUGAACUGUUUGGUAUCAGGAGUGACCUAUGAUGUCUCUGCGUUCUUUCGGCAGGUAGAUGCGUACGGUGCAACUGUAGCAGGAUGUACCACCUCCCAAGACUGUCCCAGACUUGCCAUGGAAUUCAAGACCUUUGUCCCGUCCACGGGCAGCUUCCCAACUUCAUGGGCGACGAUUGCCACCACCGACGUUACGUCGUACACCAACGACAACUCCUUCGACACCAUAUCCGGACAGUGGGUUGUGACAAAUGAGCAGGCAUCUGCUGACAUGGCUCGUCUCGUGAUUCUGGAUGCUGCUGAUCAACUCAUUGUUGACAAUGUUUCUAUCAAGAAAGUGACGUAGGGACAUAUAAAAUUGUACCGUAGGUUCCAGUUGAAAGAAAUAGAGGAUAGAGAUGAAACCGGAGAGAAGUCAACAACUGAGAAAGCCAGAUUGUACAGCCGAUAGUUCGGUUACUGCUGUUAGUUACUGCUCCACCA